AUGCUGUGGUUGUCACGGCAUUUGCUUCGCUCGCGGUCGCUGCGACAUCUUUCCACUGCAGCAACGUAUGCUCGUCCGCUUCCUCGCAGUCUUCAAUUUGUGACAUCCGAUUCAAUCGACCGUCGUUUAUUGCAAGGUUUGACCUCCGCAGAUGACGAUACGAGACCUGUGAACCUCAUUCAGGACAAAGAGAAAGUCGCACAGAUUGACAUUAAAGCUGUGGGACCUGUGGGCAAUGGUGUCGUGACAUGUUUGUCAAUCUAUAGUGGACCUGAUGUGGAUUAUGGCAAUGGUCCUUAUAUCUGGGUAGAUAACCUUGACAGUGCUCAAGGGACAUUGCAAUAUUUUAAAGACUUUUUAGAAAGCACAGAUUAUCUCAAGGUGUGGCACAAUUACAGUUUUGACCGCCAUGUGUUGUUCAAUCAUGGAAUCAAUGUGCAGGGUUUAGGAGGAGAUACAAUGCACAUGGCUCGACUCUGGAACACUGCUAGAUUUCAGAAUGGAGGCUAUUCUCUAGAGUCUCUUACAGCAGAUCUGUUAUUACAAAGAAAGAAACCAAUGAAGGAAUUAUUUGGGAUUCCAAAGCUUAAAAAAGAUGGUACAAAAGGUAAAGAAAAAAUCAUGCCGAAAGUGGAAGAAUUGCAGAGAUUUCCAGAAUUUAGACAGCGUUGGAUUCGGUACAGUGUCUAUGAUGCAGAGAGCACGUGGUUUUUGCAUCGUGUAUUGCAGGAUAAACUUGACCAAACGUUUUGGUCCGAGAAAAUUCAAAAUGACAAAGUGGAUGAUGAAUCCAUGUAUGACUUUUAUUGCAAGUAUAUUGUUCCGUUUGGCGAAUGCCUUACGGAUAUUGAACGAAAAGGUAUGCACGUGGAUUUGAAGUAUCUUGCAGGUGUUGAGAAGGAGGCGUUGGAGGACAGAGCACGAUUGGAAAAGUUGGUGCUGAAAUGGGCAUCGAGGUAUUGCGACGAAAGCGAGCGUCUGAAUUUAUACAGUGCCGGGCAGAAGCAGCAAUUGCUCUUUGCGCCGUAUUUCGAUGAAAGGAAGAAAAAACUUGUUCUACCCGCUGAACGUUCGUUUGAAGUCGAAAACACGGAAGGUAUUAUUGAAGAAGGAAUGAGAAAAGCCAAGAAAAAGCGCAGUAUUACUAUCCAUGGAUUGGGAAUCCAACCAAAGCACUUUACAGCUAGUGGACUUCCUGCUGCAAGCGCUGAGGUUCUUAAAGAACUUGCCGGUCACCCUGAAGCGAAUCCUCCCAAGUACGGCCGUGCAUACGAUCAUUUUAAGGAUAAAGAAGAAGGUGCUGCAGCUUGUGUCGCUUUAAAGGCACUUUUCGACAUUAGCAGUAUCAAUACAAUGCUUAACAACUUCAUACUGCCUCUUCAAGAGCUUGCAGAUAGUAACAACCGUGUUCACUGCUCGUUGAACCUCAAUACAGACACUGGGCGCUUAUCGUCACGGAAGCCAAACUUGCAGAAUCAACCUGCUAUGAGUAAAGAUCGGUACAAAAUUCGAGAUGCGUUUACUGCUCCACCAGGCAAAAAAUUAAUCGUAGCCGAUUACUCGCAACUAGAAUUACGGCUUAUGGCUCAUAUCACACAGUGCAAAGCUAUGAUCGACGCAUUUAAAGCGGGAGGUGAUUUUCAUUCGCGUACAGCCAUGGGAAUGUAUCCUUACGUAGCGAAAGCUGUAGAGAAUGGCGAGGUUCUAUUAGAAUGGGAUUAUUCCUCCGGCCAGGAACCCCCAGUUCCGCUCCUGAAGGAUAAGUACGGUGAUGAGCGCAAAAAUGCGAAAGUGCUCAAUUUUUCGAUUGCUUACGGUAAAACUGCUUUUGGUCUGGCAAAAGACUUUAAUGUUUCGCGUAAGGAAGCAGCAAAAACACUCGAAAAGUGGUACGCAGACCGAGCAGAGGUGCGGCAGUGGCAGACUAGGGCUAUGAAAAUUGCAAAGACAUACGGCUAUACGAGGACACUGUUGGGGAGAUAUCGUCGACUUCCUGAUGCAAUGCUUUUGGACGAUAGUAUGGCAUCAAAAAAAGCUAGGGGUCAUGCAGAACGUGCUGCAAUAAACACCCCUAUUCAAGGGGCUGCUGCUGACGUUGUGAUGCAAGCAAUGCUUUUGCUUCACCAAAGUUCACGACUUCGGGAUUUAGGAUGGGAAAUGGUGUCUCAGAUACACGAUGAAAUUAUUGUCGAGGGACCCGAGGACUCAGUUGAUGAAGCUGUGGAAAUUGUCGUACAUUUAAUGGAGAAUCCUUUUGAAAACCCUCUUUCUGUGGCAUUAGAGGUGGAUGCGAAGGUUAACGACUCCUGGUUUAAGGCGAAAUAG